AUGGAUAAAUUGAUUCCAAAAAUAAUUAAAGAUGAAAUAGACUUAUAUAAGUUAUUAGAUUUACCAAAUACAACAGAUAGAUCAACGCUAUCAUCACAAGAGAUCCGUAAAGCAUACAAAAAACAAGCAUUAAUUCAUCAUCCAGAUAAACAACAACAAGAAGGAGAUAAUAAAUUUGAAUUAAUACUAACGAGUUUUCAAAUAUUAUCAAAUCCAGAGUUCAAACAACAAUAUGAUAACUUAGUUCAAUUGAAAAAACAAAAGAUCCAAAAUUCGUCUAAAUUAAAUGAAUUAAUUUUAAACUUUCAAAAAGAUUUAUUAUCAAACGAAGAGAAGAAUUUAAAUCAAAGACAAAAUGGUCUGAAGUUUCAAAAUUUGGAUCAAUUAAGAGAAGAUGGGUUAAAAAAGAGAAGAUUACACGAAAAUAAGAGAAUAUCUGGCGAUAACAAGGAACAGGAUUUAACAACUACAUCAAUUUAUGACUUACCACUACCGAAUUUUAUAGACUUUAAGACUCUCAAAAACGUACGAAAAGCUAUCACUCAACAUUUAGCAAAAUUGAAAUAUAAAUACAAAUCAAAUUUAGAUAUUGAUGAAGUCAUACUAUCCGAAAUAAUGUCAACUUUUGGUCCAAUAACGUCUAUAACAAUAAACGAUCAUGAUGAUAGAUAUUCUUAUGCUACAAUUGAAUUUGCAUCAGAAUUGGCAUUACAAAAUGCAAUAGCUUAUGAUUAUUCAACUGCUUCUAAAUGGGAUGGUUCAAAGAUUAGAAAGCUAGCGAGUUUAUUAAGAUCCUGUAAAAGGAUUGAAAAUGAAGAAGAAGAUCUAGAGUACGAAGAAGCAAAAGAUACUCCAAAGAAAUGGACCAAUAAUGAUUAUGUCAAUGAUAUACUAAACGAUUAUUAUGUUAAUUCCGUAUCUGACAAAAAGAUUUAA